UCAUUCACUCCCUCUCUACACUGAACCAGCAUGUUCACACCCUCUCUCGCCUCAGCCUUCAUGCACCGUGUGUGCAUCUGAGGAAAUCAACGUCAGUCAUACCGGUUUGGCAGAGAAGACUAAACGUUCAUUGCUUUCAAUGAGAGCUGCAGUGUAGAUUGUGGACUAUUCGAUUUACAUCUUGAAGCAAACAGGCAUAGAAGCAAGUUGCACCAAAGAUUUUGCAACGUAAGAACCUCAUAUUCCGCUAGAGCUUCUGGGAGCGUUGAUGACCGAGCACUUCCUUGUACCAAGUUGUGUAUGGCAAUGCGGCGGGUAACGGUGCCAUUGGUCGCCGGGCUGGUCGUGGUGGUGGUGGUGGUGGUGUUGUCGCUGCUGGCUGAACACUGUUGGGCGGAUGGUGGGGGCCUUGCUGAACGAGUUAUUUGGGCAGUGAACGCUGGCGGGGAAGCUCACACAGACAUGCAUGGCAUUCAUUUCAAGAAGGAUCCAUUGGAAGGAAAGCUUGGGAAAGCUUCAGAUUAUGGAGUGCGUCUGCCCAUAUUGCGCUCUAGUCCCGAGGACCAGAUUCUCUACCAGACAGAACGCUACAAUGAGGAUACUUUUGGCUAUGAGGUGCCGAUUCGUGAGGAAGGAGACUAUAUACUUGUCUUGAAGUAUGCAGAGGUCUACUUUGCUCAGUCUCAGCAGAAGGUGUUUGAUGUGCGUCUUAAUGACCAUGUGGUGGUGAAAGAUCUGGAUAUCUUUGAGCGGGUGGGUCACAGUACAGCUCAUGACGAGAUUGUGCCCUUCUCCAUACGCCGCGGUAAACUGAGUGUCCAGGGGGAGGUGUCCACCUUCAACGGCAAGCUCACUGUGGAGUUUGUCAAGGGUUAUUACGACAACCCCAAGGUCUGUGCUCUGUAUGUGAUGAAGGGAACAUUAGAUGAUGUACCAAAACUUCAGCCUCACCCAGGACUGGAGAAACGUGAAGAACUUGAGGAGGAGGAGGAAGAGGAGUCUGAGGCAGGAGAGGAGGGUGGUAAGAAGAGUACCUCGACAGCUCCUAAGUACAGGGUCCAGUCAGGCCCCAGAACACCAAACCCGUAUGCAGCCGACAAUAGCAGCCUCAUGUUCCCUAUCCUGGUGGCAUUCGGGGUGUUCAUCCCUACACUCUUCUGCCUCUGUCGGCUGUGAGAAUGUAAAAUGGAGGGGGAAACGGAACAUGAUGGACAAGAGACUGAAGGGGGGGGACAAGGAAGAGACACAAGGAAAGUCAAGGCAAAUAGACAGGAGUGAGCACGAGAGCCAAUGGGGAUAACAGUGGACAAAAAAGAGACAACAAAUUUGGAAUUCAGGGCAGGUGACAGAAUAAAAGGCCUUCCUCACUGACUUUAAGGUCACAGAGAAAAGGGGAUGGAGAGAGUGCGUUUGUGUGUGUUGUACAUCUUACACAUUUCCACCAUGUUGCAUAUUACUACAUCGCAAAGACAUGAUCUCACAUGAGACGGGAUUGACCACUUUCAAACCAGGUUUGUCUUGUCUUGCAGGAAGAGGCUGGGACUAUACUGAGGGGUGCUGAAAUGUGAUUGGCUGUCCCUCUUUAUAGACUAGUAUGGCUUUGGAUGAGGUGUGGCUUGAAGUGAAUGCAGAUAGGCUGCUAUGGUGAUCAACAAAAGUCAGGCCCAGUAUUUAGUCAGAGAUGAUACAGGAGGUAAUAUCCAGAAAAUGUAUUGAUUCUUACAAAUUUGGAAAUUGAAGAUAUUUUGUUUUAGAGAAUACGUCUUUGGUGGAGAUUGGAGGGGCAGUGGAAGACGGUGGCCAAUCGGGCUUUUGAAUGUUUUUGCUUGCUCUUUUUUUUUUAACUUUAUUUUUGUGCUUGAUUAUCGCCAAACUUGCUAGUGUUGUAAAGCUACAAUUUAUUUGAGCUUUUGAUACAAAGCUGUGCCAUAAUUUGUUGAGAAACAACAUACUAAUCAUUUCAACAAGUCUGUACUGUUACAGCCUCAGCCUAUUCUAUAGCGGAGAAUUGAUGUUUCAUGUGCUGUUUGAAAAGAAGGCUGAUUGUGUUUUCACAUCUAAGGUGGGUUUCACAAUUAUGUUGCAUAAUGUGUUUAAAAAUGCAUGUGUACCUCCAUGGGACUAUACCAUGCUGUGCUGUUUCAUAUAACAAUGCAAGUUUCCUCAAAUGUGGUCACAGGUAAGAAGUCCACUUGUGCUGGCAUGCAUAACUCUGUACUAGCAGGUACCUUUUUGGGACAGCUAGACUAUUGAGUUACCAGAAAUUGCAGGGUAAGAGUGCAGGGCUUGACAUUUUCACUUUUUCAGCCACUUGUUUUCCAGUGCUUGAAAUUUAAGGGCGUCCUGUUGUCCCUGGGACGAUAAAUGUCUACGGUUCAAAACAGACUAAAAAAAGCAAUGAGGCUGAUACAACAGAUCAGACCGUUUAGCUUAAUUUACAUUUUAUGUUUUUUUACAUUUUAGUCAUUUAGCAAAUGCUCUUAUCCAGAGCAACUUACAGUACUGAAUGCAUACAUUUCAUUUUUUUUUUUUUGUACUGGCCCCCGUGGGAAUCAAACCCACAACCCUGGCGUUGCACACACCAUGCUGGCGUUGCAAACACCAUGCUCUACCAACUGAGCCACAGGGAAGUGUUGAUUAAGUAUUAUUUUUUCAUAUUAUCAGCUCAACAAUGUGCACAUGGCUAUGCUAUGUGUGAAGGUUCCAAAAUGCAAUUAGUGGGAAAACAGUUGCCAAAAGUGCACUGCACGUGUGAGUGGUUUCAUGUGACAAAGAUAAAAAAUAUCUGUUAGAAAUUAAGAGGGGAGAUCUAAAGAUGCAUCAACUAGCAUCAGUUACUUAUAUGACUAGGAUUAUGCCUUUCCUGCUCGACAAUAAAAUUAAAAUAAUGUGAAAACCAAUAGAACAUUUGGCAUGUUAGGUGUUUAUAAAAUAAUGACUUCAACAUUUCUAUGGUUGUAUUUUGGCUAGGCUACUUUUAAACAAGGUAAGCCAUGCUUCAUAAAAUAACAUAAAACAUCCAGGUUUUCAACAAGUUUAUGGUUAAAUAGUUAAAAUGCUGACCACCUCUGCUCAGAUUCAAGGUGGGUGAUGUGUGGUGCGCAACAGGCACUGUGCUUCACUCUCCGGUCUUUUUUAAUUUUAUUUCUCCUUUAUUUAACCAGGUAGGCCAGUUGAGAACAAGUUCUCAUUUGCAACUACGACCUGGCCAAGAUAAAGCAUAGCAAUUCAACACAUACAACAACACAGAGUUAUACAUGGAAUAAACAAAACAUACAGUCAAUAAUACAGUAGAACAAAAUAAAACUAAAAGUCUACAUACAGUGAGUGCAAAUGAGGUAAGAUAAGGGAGUUAAGGCAAUAAAUAGGCCAUGGUGGCGAAGUAAUUACAAUAUAUAAAUUAAACACUGGAAUGUUAGAUGUGCAGAAAAUGAAUGUGCAAGUAGGGAUACUGGGGUGCAAAGGAGCAAGAUAAAUAAAUACAGUAUGGGGAUGAGGUAGGUAGAUAGAUGGGCUAUGUUCAGGUGCAGUGAUCUGUCAGUCUCCAGCUUGUGACCAUUUAAUCUGAACAAACUGCGCCUCAAGCCUUUAAACGUUCAUGUUAAUUUUCCUUCAUUAUAUUUGUCAAAAAUGACUGGUGUUUGCCUAUGUUUAUGUAAUUAGCAGUCUCGUUAAGUUUGGCUACAUUUUACGGAGCCUCCCUCUUGUCAGCAUCGGUUUGGACAUGAGGCUGCAGCCAAUAUGCAUAUCACCUAGACUUUGACAUGUAGGCUUUUUUUUAUUUAUGUACAUGAAAAAUAGAUUAGAACGUUAUUCCAAUGUUGGCCCCUCUGAUUUAAUUCUGAUCUGAGUAAUUGUUUGAUAUUGUGCUAAAAAAAAAACAAUUUACUUGUCAAUUCAGACAACUCCAAAUCUAUAUUAUUCUUCUCUACCUUUAUUUAUUUUUUUUACAAUUUUUUUGAACUUGUCCCGGACAAGAGGACAAGCCUUAAUGUUCGAGCCCUGGAGUGUUUUGAGUCCUUUGAGGGUUUACAUGGUAUUCAAUCACAUUGUUUCUCUAACUUAGCUUGGUUUGCAUCUGGUGAAAGGACACCUCUGAAAGGUUAUGUGAUUUAGUUAGUUAGUUUGCCAACAUUGAGGGACCUGGUAAUUAAACAAAUUCUCAAACGAGUGGGACAGGUCCUGAAUCAGGAACAUGUCUGAAUUGUCACAGAGAUGCAUGUAGUGUAGUCCUUUGUCAUGGUCACUGCCUUUUCCAUUCAUGACUGUGCAUGCCUUCUUUUGUUUUGUGUUGAAGAAUUUUGUUCUAUAAAACUCCCAGCAAUCCUCUGUUCAUAACACUGUGAUUGAUAUAAUUUAGUUUUUUAACUCACAAUGUUGGUGCUGGAGUGAUUUUAAGUACUAGGUCAAGAUAUAACGUAAACAUCAGAAGUUAUCCCAAUACAAUGUGUCAUUAGAAUGAAUAACCGGAAGGGCCUAAGCAUUUUUUAUUUACUAUUUAUGUAAAGUCCUCAUGGAAAGACUGCUGGAUUCUUUUAGUAUAUUGGAAUAUAAAUGUAGGACUUACAAGUGUGUGUGUGUGUGUGUGUGUCAGCUAUCCUAGAAGGUUAGAAAGUGAGGGGAGUUAGAAAGAACUAGUUAUGUUACACAUCUUUUGCUAAGGCCAACCAAGAUUGUCAGUAGUAGCCUAAAUUGAAACUGGCUUGGAGUAGAAACCUUAAGAGCAGCCUUCUUAACAAUUAUUUUAUUGCAUUAAAUUAUGAUUUUCCCAGAGAAAAGUGUUUCUAAAAGCCAGCUCCCCAAAUUAGUUUGAAAAGUGUGCAAUCAGUCAAAUCAACAUGAUGUAAAAACAGUGGGCUGGCACCAGUCUUAAUUAUGAUCUAUAUUUACUGUGCACAUGUGAGUAUCUAUAGAUGUGUGUACAUGUUUCACUAUUGGGAAUAUUUUUCCUCUUUCCCAUCUCCCCAUGAGAUAAUCUUUUUUGUAAGUUGAGGCCUUAUUUUUUGUCUGAUCCCUUUUGAUUUCCUUUCCAAAGCUGUUUAAAAAAAACUUGCCUUAAAGUGGACUGCAGCAUUUUGUUAUUACUAAUCUCUAAGGUGUCCCACGGACAUAUCCAUAUGUCCUUCAAUACAGUUAGCCUGGAAGUCAGUAGCUGCAUGUUUGCAUUGUUUUUGUGUGUCUAACUGCCUCUGUAUCAGGAACAUAGCUCUUUCCAUGAGGGACAAAUCUUUUACCAAGCCUAUUACUUGCCUCUCCACACUUGUCAUUGGUUUUAUACUUGCUGAAUACUUGACAAAUAGAUGAUCCUGGUGGUUUAAAUUCUCUCUCACUCUUGUGGUUUCCCUCUCCAUGUUCCAUGCUGCUGGGAAAAAAACAGCAAGGGAGAGGUUACAAUACUUGGUCAGCUGAUAGUUGUUUGGCUUGUUUUGUAUAAAAAAUACAUUUAAAAAACGAAACAGUCCGUAUCUAAUAAGAGAGAAGCACCUUUGUUACUCAUUUGAAAAAAAGAUUAUUUAAUUCAGUACCAAAGUUAUAAUCUUUUGUUGGCUAAUUGAAAUCGCUUCACAGUUGCGGGUGUAUAUACUGUAAGGUACAAAAUCACAUUUAUUGUAGUGUGGCAGCGGUUAUUUUCUAAUCUAAAUAUUGUUAUUAUUGAGGUGUUUUUAUUGGUUAAUUUUAAAGAAGACUGGCAUUUCUGCUGGGGAUAACUUACAACGGUGGCACUGUAGAAAAGAAGAGGUCUUGACUGACUGUCAGGAAGAGAGGAGAUUGGUGAAGCAUGGCAUUUUUUACAUGUAUUUGUAUAGUUUAAGAAAGAGGUUUAAUCUGAAAUAUUUGCUUAAUGACUAAAGGAUUUGUAGCUUUUUAUUUUUUUCUCAGGACCUGUUUUGUUUUGUUUUAGUGGUGUGACUACUUGGUUUAUUUUCAAAGCAUUUGUCUGUCAUUUGUUGUGUGUACAUUUUAUUUUAAUUGAAUCCCUGUUGCCUUGAAUUUGAAUACAGUUGUGCAUUAUCAUUGUCAGCUUUGAGGUUCCUUUUUUUUUUUGGUGUGCUUUUGAUUUCUUCAUUGGAUGUUUCAUUUUUUUCUUCUUUUUUCCCACCAAAGUCCUAGUGUGCAAAAAUCCUAACCUUACUUGAGCUCACCUAAGAUAAGAACCAAAUACUUGCUACACCACUCUCUCCCAUUAGCCCUACUGAGGUGCAGAUGGAGCAACCAUACACUCUUGUGCAGUCCACACACAGUCUUAAGAAUCACAGAAUGAGAGUAUGAAUUAAUUAGUGUGAACGUGAGAGAAAGCGAUCAAUGUCAAUAAGGAAUUCUACUCUACUUAUUGAUUUCUCCCACCCCGUGAGGGCUUCAUGCAGCAGGUGGACUGAUGGAGUCCUUUGAGAUGCCCCCUCCAUACUCCGUUGUGGCUCUACCAAUAACAUCUAAGUGGGAACUGCUGAUAAAUGCUGUCUCUUUUUUUAAUAAAUGUGCUAUUUUAUCUAA